AUGGAGGAAGUCGGAAAAGAAGAGAACUCAUCACACUUCCCCUUUUCCACAACCCAAAUCACAAACUUGACUGACACUUUCUUUCUUUCUUCUCUCAGAUUCGACUGCUGUGGCCCGGCGUUCCAAUCUUUCCCAUCAUUCCUGGCAGAGACAGGAUACCAGGACGUCACCGACAGCGCAAAGACUCCGUUCCAGAAGGGCCACAACACCGACCUGCCUUCGUUCCAGUACCUUGCUCAGCGACCCGAGUUGUUCAAUGCCUUGCAGACCGUCAUGACGGCCAUCCAGUCGGCAGACUGGAUGACUGGACUCGACAUUUUCGACCGGUCGGCGCGUGCAGCUGGGACGACAACACCGCAAACGCCUAUAAAGCCCUUUUUCUUCGUCGAUGUCGGAGGCGGCCACGGCCACCAGUGCAGGCGCGUCUUGGAGAAAUAUCCCGCCCUGCAUGGCCGUCUGGUGCUGCAGGAUCUGCCGGAAGCGGUGGAGAAGUUGGCACCCAUGGAUGGCGUGAAGGUGAUGGCGCAGGAUUUUUUCCAAAAGCAGGCUGUACAAGACGCCCAAUUCUACUACCUCCGCCGCAUCAUGCACGACUGGCCCGACGCCAGCUGCCUCAAGAUCCUGGCCAACCUCUCCGCCGCCAUGACCGGCGAUUCACGCAUUUUGAUCGACGAAGUCGUCCUCCCGGACGUCAAUGUGCCGUGGCAGGCUGCCAUGACCGAUGUGUCUAUGGCCUGCCAGCUCGCUGGCAAGGAACGAACCAGAGCCCAGUGGGAGUCGCUCGUGCAGCAGUCUGGAUUACGGCUAGUCCAAAUCCACACGUACAACCGCCUGUUGUACACUUCGGUGAUUGUUUUGGAGAAGCAGUGA